GUGGUGUUAGGGCCGAACUCGAGCAGAGACCGUAGCAGUCAGGAAUUUGUUUUGAUUUUGAAGUAGCUCUCAAUGGAGAAUAAUGACAGUUAUUCCUGAUAUUAUUGAUUGUUAAUAAGCCAAGAGGCAUUCAAGUUGAUGAACAUGGAGGAGGAGAAAAGAGAAGUUAAAUUGAUGGGAAGGAACAUGUCGCAGAUGCCAUGCUUCCGAGAAACUUUCCUGUACAGCGUCAGCUCAGGUCUGGCAGCUGGCUUUCUGCACUUCAUGCUGACGUCAAGAGUCCAGAGAUCUGCACACCUGGCUAUGGCAACCUAUGGAUGUGUGACUCUAGGAUAUUGGUCUUACUGCCGGUACAAUUACUCUGUGCAGAAGUUUAACGUAGGUCAGCUUGAAGCAGCUAUGCAGAAGCAAGCCCUUUAUGAAGGCACUGAAAUGGAGAAGCAAAUAAAGAGGAAUGCAUAAAAAUAAUUUCUCAGGAAGGCCCAGGCAAAGGUAACCCAGUCCCUGCCAGUGCUCUCAGGAAUGCCAGGACUGUUGUCGACUGAGGGUGGGAAGUCCAUCAGUUGGAAGAACACCAAUACUUGGGGCUCAUCUGAGGUGAAAUGCUCUGGGGGUUCAUUAAAGACCAACUGCUCCUCCCACCUACAGUAUAUGCUCCUGUAAGAUAGAGAAGUUGUAUAAAUUUGAGUAUCAUUUUUUUUUCCCUCUCUGAACAAAUUAAUCAACCACUAUCUCAAUUUCAUGUAGUAGCUAUUUAUGUUUGUGUAUACUUACCUAAUUGUAUUUUACAAUGCCUUAACUAAAAUCAUGUGCUCCUAUUUCUGCAUUUAUACAUACAUACUUUUAAAUUUAACAACCAGUUGUCACAAAGUAAAUGACUGGCAUACUACAGCAUAAUGGCAAAAAUAUAAAUCUCCUUUGAAACAAAA